CUUUAUAUGUCAGAAGAAGGAUUUUAAAUUCUAUUCUGGAUUUAACAGGAAGCCAGUGAAGAGAAGCAAGUAUAGGGGAAAUAUGAUCUCUUUUGCUAACUCCUGUCAGUACUCUCGCAGCAGCGUUUUGGAUCAACUGUAGAUGUUUGAGAGAGCUAUUUGGACAACCCAAUAAUAAGGAAUUGCAAUAGUCAAGCCUGGAAGUAACAAAAGCAUGAACUAAUUUUUCUGCAUCACUCUGAGACAGAAUGUUCCUGAUUUUUACAAUAUUACGCAGGUGAAAAAAGGAAGUCCUACAGACUUGCUUUAUGUGUGAGUUAAAGGACAUGUCCUGGUCAAAAAUAACUCCAAGAUUCCUCACAGUAGUACUGGAGGCCAAUGUGAUGCCAUCCAGAGUAACUAUUUGCUUUGAAAGCGAGUUAAAUAGACUUUCGCAAAACAUUGCGAUAUUCAAUAUUGCAAUAUUCGCAAAAUAUUGAUUUCCAGCUAACAUUACAUAACAUAUGAGGUCCAGGAGCAAAAAUAACAUUAACCAAGUAAGAUAAAUAUUAGUGGAAGGACACAGCUUAAAAAAAUGAAUCUAUCUAAUUAGAGGCUUUGUAAUUAUUUAAUUACGACUGAUUAACAAGGGCAUAGAGGUAAAAAAGCGAUAUAUGCAGUGUUGUCUUCAUUUUAAAUGCCAAAAGGAUUUUGCGGCUCCCGCUGUUUUCUGUCGGAAAUGGGUCAAAAUGGCUCUUUGAGUGUUAAAGGUUGCCGACCCCUGCUCUAAAUGCUCCUUUUUGUUCACCAUCUUCCCAAAACAUGAAGAUAUACUUUUACCGCCACGCCGAUGACACCCGUAUAUACCCGUCACUAAAGCCCGAUGACACCCGUAUAUACCCGUCACUAUAGCCCGAUGACACCCGUAUAUACCCGUCACUAUAGCCCGAUGACACCCAUAUAUACCCGUCACUAAAGCCCGAUAACACCCAUAUAUACCCGUCACUAAAGCCAGAUGACACCCAUAUAUACCCGUCACUAAAGCCCUUUAACACCCGUAUAUACCAGUCACUAAAGCCAGAUGACACCCGUAUUAACCCGUCACUAAAGCCCGAUGACACCCAUAUAUACCAGUCACUAAAGCCCGAUGACACCCAUAUAUACCCGUCACUAAAGCCCUUUAACACCCAUAUAUACCCGUCACUAAAGCUCGAUGACACCCGUAUAUACCAGUCACUAAAGCCAGAUGACACCCAUAUGUACCAGUCACUAAAGCCAGAUGACACCCAUAUGUACCAGUCACUAAAGCUCGAUGACACCCGUAUAUACCCGUCACUAAAGCCCUUUAACACCCGUAUAUACCCGUCACUAAAGCCCUUUAACACCCAUAUAUACCCGUCACUAAAGCCCUUUAACACCCGUAUAUACCAGUCACUAAAGCCAGAUGACCCCCGUAUUAACCCAUCACUAAAGCCCUUUAACACCCGUAUAUACCCGUCACUAAAGCCCUUUAACACCCGUAUAUACCCGUCACUAAAGCUCGAUGACACCCGUAUAUACCAGUCACUAAAGCCCGAUGACACCCAUAUGUACCAGUCACUAAAGCCCGAUGACACCCAUAUGUACCAGUCACUAAAGCCAGAUGACACCCGUAUAUACCCGUCACUAAAGCCCUUUAACACCCGUAUAUACCAGUCACUAAAGCCAGAUGACCCCCGUAUUAACCCGUCACUAAAGCCCUUUAACACCCGUAUAUACCCGUCACUAAAGCUCGAUGACACCCGUAUAUACCAGUCACUAAAGCCCGUUGACACCCAUAUGUACCAGUCACUAAAGCCCGAUGACACCCAUAUGUACCAGUCACUAAAGCCUGAUGACACCCAUAUAUACCCGUCACUAAAGCCCGAUGACACCCAUAUAUACCCGUCACUAAAGCCUGAUGACACCCAUAUAUACCCGUCACUAAAGUCUGAUGACACCCAUAUAUACCCGUCACUAAAGCCCGAUAACACCCAUAUAUACCCGUCACUAAAGCUCGAUGACACCCAUAUAUACCCGUCACUAAAGCCUGAUGACACCCAUAUAUACCCGUCACUAAAGCCCGAUGACACCCAUAUAUACCCGUCACUAAAGCUCGAUGACACCCAUAUAUACCCGUCACUAAAGUCUGAUGACACCCAUAUAUACCCGUCACUAAAGCCCGAUAACACCCAUAUAUACCCGUCACUAAAGCUCGAUGACACCCAUAUAUACCCGUCACUAAAGCCUGAUGACACCCAUAUAUACCCGUCACUAAAGCCCGAUGACACCCAUAUAUACCCGUCACUAAAGCUCGAUGACACCCAUAUAUACCCGUCACUAAAGCCCGAUGACACCCAUAUAUACCCGUCACUAAAGCUCGAUGACACCCACAUAUACCAGUCACUAAAGCUCGAUGACACCCAUAUAUACCGUCACUAAAGCCCGAUGACACCCAUAUAUACCCGUCACUAAAGCUUGAUGACACCCAUAUAUACCUGUCACUAAAGCCCGAUGACACCAAUAUAUACCCGUCACUAAAGCUUGAUGACACCAAUAUAUACCUGUCACUAAAGCCCGAUGACACCAAUAUAUACCUGUUACUAAAGCUUGAUGACACCCAUAUAUACCCGUCACUAAAGCCCGAUGACACCCAUAUAUACCCGUCACUAAAGCUUGAUGACACCAAUAUAUACCCGUCACUAAAGCCCGAUGACACCAAUAUAUACCUGUCACUAAAGCUUGAUGACACCAAUAUAUACCCGUCACUAAAGCCCGAUGACACCCAUAUAUACCUGUCACUAAAGCCCGAUGACACCAAUAUAUACCCGUCACUAAAUCAAAUCAAAUCAAAUCAACUUUAUUUAUAUGGCACUUUUCAUACAGUAUAGCAACACAAAGUGCCUCACAGAGGAUAAAAACAAAAAUAACACAAUAUAAAACACUAUAAAAAACCCGAAACCUUCCACCCCCCACAAAUAUACACACAGAUACACAAUCACAUGUACAUUCACACACAUACGUAGACAUACGAACAGACAUACAGACCCACACACACAAACAUACCAACAUACACACACCCACAUACACCAUCUGUUGGUAAGAGGUAUAGAGGAGAUGUGGCUGGGCACCGAAAUCCGAGGUGAGGAAGAAGCUACCUUUGGGGGCCACACACACCAAGAGGAGUCAUGGACCAUGACUGCAGGGGCGCCGACACAAGGACCACCCCAGCCCAGGCAGACAAGAGGCUCCACACGAAGGUGUAAAGCUCUCCAACCACCCGGGCCAGGGCCAUCCACGGGCCAGCACCCCCAUCAGUGGACCAGAAUCAACUCCAGGUGUGGUAGGCCCCCAGGAGGAAACACUGGAGAAAUGAGGGACUAAAACAGUAAAUCAAAAUAAAAGAUAUGGAAACUAAAACUGAGUAUAAAAGAAUAAAAUGUAUAAAGUAAAAUUUAUAUAUAAAAUAGUAAUAAAAAUGUAAGAAUAGAGGUCAGCUUAAGAAAUUAUAAAGAGUUAAAAUGAGUCAGUUAAAAGCCUGAUUAAAAAGAUGGGUCUUGAGCCUCUUUUUUAAAAACAUCAACAUUCUCUGCGGCCCUGAGGUUCUCUGGGAGGGUGUUCCACAAUCAGGGGCCAUAAUAACUGAAUGCCGCCUCCCCGUGUGUUCUAGUUCUAACUUGUGGUAUCGUUAAAAAGCCAGCACCAGAGGACCUCAGGGUCCGCGAGGGUUGAAAAAAUAAAAGUAGUGCAGACAAAUAAGAAGGCCCAAGACCGUUAAGACACUUAUAAACUAAUAAAAGAACCAUAAAAUCGAUCCUGAAGCACACGGGGAGCCAAUGCAGCGAUUUUAAGAUAGGUGUAAUAUGCUCCCGCCCUCUGGUCCUCAACAGCACACGUGCAGCUGAAUUUUGUAAUAAUUGUAAGUUAUGCAUGCUCUUUUUAGGAAGACCAGAGAGCAGGGCAUUACAGUAAUCUAAACGACAGGAGAUAAAAGCAUGCAUCAGCACCUCCGUACUGGCCUGAGAGAGGAACGGGCGGACUCUGGCUAUGUUCUUGAGAUGCUGCAGGAAGUUUGCUGCCAUCCAUGAGUUGAUGUCUAAGAUACAGUGCAAAAGGGCAUCAAUUGGCCCUGUGUCUUCAGGAGACACGGCGAUGUCCAGCUGCGUAUCAUCAGCAUAACUGUGGAAGCUGAUGCUGUGCCUCCUGAUGACGUCCCCAAGGUUCUUCUGCCCUUGCCCCUUGAAGGAGGCGGUCGCACUUUUCUUCUCUCCGUCUCUCUCUGUGCUCUUUCUCCCCCUACACCCUUAUGUUUUCUGCUUGCUGCAUACUUUGUCUCGUCUCGUCCGUCUGUCUUGAAGUGAUCUAUUGGCACUGGACCUUCGAAACACCGAUCAUGGAAUUGAUUAGCUGGUCUCUCAACGCGAUUGACAAGAUUGUCGGGACAAAGAGCACGGGUUUAGGGGAACCCACCUGCCCAGAUGGGAGUUUUUGCCUCGGGGUAUGUGAUCGAUUCGUGGGGGAAGUGGCGAGGGAUCAUGUGCCUGGCACCCCUAUCUGUGGAGGACGUUGAAGAUGUCUACAUAUUCAGAUUUUUGAUGACAGGAUCAAGGGUGCUGGUGAUCGGGUUGACGAACUCAAACGUAAGAUAGACAAUUUGCUUGGUGUGACUGUUGAUUUGAGUCGCAGAGUGGAUGCCAUCAGGAUGCGUUUAGCCACAGCCGACGUCUGACAGUUGAGAGCGGCCAGAGGGAGAGGGAAAAUGCUCCUCUACUUCGACUAAACAAAAGGAUACUGAUAACAAUUCGGCGCCCCUGGAAUAAUAACAAACUCCUCUGGAAGCUUCCACGGCCAAGAGAUUGCUUUCCUAAACCCCCCCCCCCCACACACACUCUCCCAACGACACCUGUUGACUUCUGUCUGGCCCAUCCGAGGACGUCUCUAUGGCAACCUGCCGUGUUAUCGCUUCCACCCGAACUGAGACAUCGGGGGGGUCUGGGACGGAAGGAGACUGGCUAACGCUCACACACACACUUGGACUCACAUUCGCACACACAAGCCCAUUCCCCCCAUCCAAGGCCGCCACCAGCAGCUUCCCAACAGCAACGCACAGGGGUUGGAAUCCCAUGCAUGCAGCGCGCCGCCAUGGCAGCAGCAGCUGGAUGAGUGACUGACUACUGAGCUGAGCUCCCGUCCCAUUACCCUUCACCCUUACCCCAGUUAACCUUGUCUAGUGUUAUGCUUUGUCUGUUGCGGGUUUGUUUUUUUCAGGUUCCUUCUCAAAUUGAAUUUUCCCAACCUUGGAGGCUUCAUUUUGUUUAACGAACCUUUUUUUUCCAUUUUACCCUCGGCCACCCUCACCAAAUGUCUCUUCUUUUCUUUUUUUCCUCAUUUCCUACAUACAGGUGGCGCGCUUACAGCGCAGCAGCUGGAGCUGUCAUUGGCAGCAUUGGUUUUGAUGUCAAACUUCUCAAAAUUGCUGCACAUGUGCUUAUGUUUCCACUGGCUGACUUGUUUAACUUGUCAAUAAAAACAUGUUCAUUUCCCUCUGUAUGGAAAAUUGUUCGAGUUACCCCCAUUUUCAGAGGAGGAGAUACAACUGAUCUUAAUAACUACCGCCCAAUAUCAAUUAUUUAUUCUGUAGCCAAAGUAUUUGAAAAAAUUAUCUUUAACCAGUUAUAUCAGUUCAUUAAUUCAUGUAACAUUUUAUCCCCUGUUCAGUCCGGUUUUACAUCUGGUUUCUCAACCAUCACAGCCUUGAUGAAAUUUGUUAAUGAUUUAUUCUCAUCCUUUGAUCAUAAUCAGUUUGUGGGAUCAAUCUUUUUAGAUUUGUCCAAAGCAUUUGAUUUAGUUGACCACUAAUUGCUUCUUGAUAAGCUUCAUGCAAUAGGUCUCAGUACUGAUGCAGUCUUAUGGUUUAGUUCUUAUCUUCAUAAUAGGAAACAGUAUGUUAUUUUUAAUGGUGCUCAAGGAAGCAUAGUUGAAAAAGGAGGACCUCAAGGCUCCACACUUGGUCCUUUGCUAUUUUCGAUAUUCAUAAACGAUCUUCCAAAUAUUGUUACAACAUGCGCAAUAAAUUUAUACGCAGAUGAUACCGUGCUUUAUUAUUGUAGUUCGAAUCUUUCUUUCUUGCAGAAUCAGCUACAAUCAGAUUUUAAUUUGAUCCAAAACUGGUUAGUAAAAAAUAAGCUUGCACUUAAUUUGAAAAAAUCAUGCUGUAUGCUUUUUGGCACUCAUAAGAAUCUGCUAACUUCUCCAGAUUUACGUAUUGCAUAUAGUAAUGGCUCAUUUGUACAAAAAGUUGACUCUGUUAAAUAUCUAGGACUUUGGCUUGAUCCCGAACUUUGUUUCAAACCUCAUAUAGACUACAUUAUUAAGCGAACUUAUGCAACUUUAAAUCCUCUCUAUAGGGAUGCUAGCUGUUUCACACAGGAAGUCAGAAAACAAAUAAUCACUCAACUAGUUCUUCCAAUUAUUGAUUACACUGAUACCAUAUAUCAGAAUACUCAUGACUUGUAUCUUAAGCCACUUAAUGUACUCUUUAAUUCGUUGUGUCGAUUUAUUCUUAAAUGUCCUUAUAGAACUCAUCACUGUUUUUUGUUUAAUGAACUUAAUUGGUUGCAGCCCUAUGAAAGACGCCAAUAUCACUGGAUUCUGUUCAUUUUUAAAUGUAUUUAUUUCUAUUGUCCUUUGUAUCUUAAGCGAUUUCUGGUUCCUGUUACUUCUGUUUAUUUCUUGCAAAGUACUCGUUGCUUUACUUUUACUAUAUCUAAUGCAAAUAAGAAUACUGGUCAAAGAGCAUUUCAGUUUAAGGCACCAAGCGACUGGAAUAACCUACCUUCAGCCAUUCGAAAUACAACAUCGUUUGGACAAUUUAAAUCUUUGCUAUAUGUACAUCUCACAAGAACUUGUUUGUUUUUAGUUUCCCUGGUUGUUGAUGUUCUUGCUUUAUUAUAUUCUACUGUUUUAUAGAUUUUUUUUUCUCUUUUCAUUAUGUCUCUGAUGUUUGUCAAACCGUGGUUCCUUAACUUGCCUGACAGGUGACACUUCUCAAAAGAUGUCUAAUUUUCCUAGCUUUUGCAACAUUAUGCUUUUUAUUUAUUAAGCCAUCUUGUGUCACUAGUAAACAUUUAACUGUGA